UGACAGAGCAUAGUGGCGACGAGAACUGGCUUGUAACGGAGUGGAGAGUUGUUAUCGAAGAACAGGGGGAAGAGACGGAGGCAGCCGCGGACCGAGGGGGUGUGUGAGCGAGUGUUUAUGUGGUCCAAACACAAGGAGCACAAAAAGGCGUGAAUGAGACAGUCAAACUGGCGGAUUUCAACAUGGCAUCCGGAGAUACUCUGUACAUUGAGACAGACGGCUCGGAGAUGCCGGCCGAGAUCGUGGAGCUGCACGAAAUAGAAGUAGAAACGAUACCGGUGGAGACUAUCGAGACCACGGUGGUCGGCGGGGAUGACGACGAUGACGACGGGCAGCCCAUGAUCGCGCUGCAACCGCUGGUCACAGACGACCCCAGCUCGAUCCACCACCAUUCGGAGGUUAUCCUGGUCCAGACCCGAGAGGAGGUGGUCGGCGGCGACGAUUCGGACCUGCACACGGACGGCAGGGGCGGAUUCGAGGAUCAGAUCCUCAUCCCGGUACCAGCUCCGGGGGUCGAGGAUGAAUACAUCGAGCAGACUUUAGUGACUGUGGCUGGGAAGAGCUCAGUGGGUCGGGUGAAGCGAGGAGGAGGCACUGGUGGAAAGAAAGCAGGCAAAAAGAGCUAUUUAAGUGGCGCCGAGGCUGGGGGGAGAAAAUGGGAACAGAAGCAGGUGCAAAUAAAGACUCUAGAAGGAGAAUUUUCUGUUACAAUGUGGGCAUCGGAUGACAAUAAAGACAUUGACCAUGAGUCAGUGGUGGAGGAGCAGAUCGUCGGGGAGAACUCUCCUCCGGAUUACUCCGAGUACAUGACGGGGAAGAAGCUGCCCCCUGGUGGCAUCCCGGGGAUCGACCUCUCAGACCCCAAACAGCUGGCUGAAUUUGCCAGAAUGAAGCCCAGAAAGGUUAAAGAAGAUGAUGCUCCUCGGACGAUAGCCUGUCCUCAUAAAGGCUGCACAAAGAUGUUCAGGGAUAACUCGGCAAUGAGGAAGCAUCUGCAUACCCACGGACCUCGUGUUCACGUCUGCGCAGAGUGCGGCAAGGCUUUCGUCGAGAGCUCCAAGCUCAAACGCCACCAGCUCGUUCACACGGGGGAGAAACCCUUCCAGUGUACCUUUGAAGGCUGCGGGAAAAGGUUUUCUCUAGACUUCAACCUGCGCACACAUGUGAGGAUCCACACCGGGGACCGACCCUACGUGUGCCCCUUCGACGGCUGCAAUAAGAAAUUUGCCCAGUCGACCAACCUCAAGUCUCACAUUCUCACACACGCAAAAGCCAAAAACAACCAGUGAGAGCCCCUUCGUCAGCGUCCAGUUGCCCAGGCGGGGGAAAAAAACAACCUUUAGAAGAUGUGAUGACAACCCUUGAGACUUUAAUGAUUUAUAAAACAAACAAAAAGAAAAAAACAUGGAAAAAGUCUGACAGUUUAAAAGACAUAAAACACUGAAACUUUGUUUGUUGUUUCCUCCUCACCUAAAGCCCUUUUUUCCCUGCUGGCAUGUUGGAAGAGGAACCUGGUGCAGACCCUACCCCCUACCUGCACCACUUCAUUGCUCUAUUGGCACUUUGUUACCAGAAGAUGGAACCCAAGGGCAAAAAUCAGAGAUUUAUUUUUACCUGAGAAGUCAGAGAAACUGCGGUAUAUAUUAGUACUUUUAUUUUGUUGUUUUAAUUUCCCUCCAAGUGUGCAUAUUGUACACUGUUCUCAGGCUGUGUUAAGUCAAACAGUUUUUCCUCUUUUAUUUUCCUACAUUUUAAGACCCCACCUAUGACCUAAAAAAGGCCGCAGCCUUGUUCCACCUGAUACACACCUAGGAGGAGUUUAAAACCCAACUGUAUGUUUGCAUUUCCACACCGUCUUUGGUUGUACUUUUCUCUAACCACAAAAUAACCUUGUAUACUUGUAUUGUAUGGCUGUAUUAAGAUUAAGUAGACAUAGGUAGAGGUGUGAUUUAAAGUGUUAACCAAUUAAACUUUUAGUCAACGAGUUUCUUUAUAUUUUAUAUAAACUGUCUUAACACAGAUGAAUGAGUAAUAUAAUCAUACUCGGCGGCGGUCACAGUUAAAGGGGUCUGACGUGUAGGUGGAAAAGACUGCGAGAGCAUCACUUCUUUGUUAGAAUGUAAUGUACAGAUGUCAACCAUUAUCUUCCUUUUGUUGGUAUUUACAUCCAUGUAUUUCAACAGCCCACAAUAAAAUGGGUCAUUCCAACUCUGUCAAACUA